GGGCGGUGCUGGGUAUGGCGCCUGCGCGGAGUGCCCCGUUUGACUCAGUUUUAUUUGGAGAUUGAUGGGUGCUUUAUACAAGGUAGUGCGAACGUUGUUGGUUGAGGCAAGGCAACAAAGACUGAGUCGGAUAAUACUGGGAAGAGGAACAGGCGGAAUUGUAGGCAUUUUACUGGACUGGCGUGGAGCUUAUCACUUUGGGGAAGCCUUUUGGAGUAAUAAGGCCGUGGGACGUGGAUUAGGGACCAAGCCCGGUAGUUUGGUAGGCCUGUUUUGGUUCUCUGUGGCUUGUCGUAUGGAAAGCUGUUCAGAACUGUCCUUUUUGUUGUCACCAAAACUCCGCAACUAGAAAGUGUGUGUUAUGUCAACAGAUUGAAUGAUGGUUACAAUUGAUCCUCUUCCAAUCUUACCUUUUUGGAGUACAAGAGAUACAAUGGUUUGCUUACCAUUUCAGACUGUAAAGAAAUUACUUUUACAACUUUCUAAAUGAUUGUAGUUUGCUGGAUUAUAUUCAGUGCUGGCAGAAACCUUACACGAGGUUUGCUGCUGACACUUAAGCUGUACACACCGUGGUUGCUGGGAGCAUUUGCUGCAGAAGACAUGGGUAAUGCCUGUGUGUGUCGAGAUGAAAGUGAUAUUGAAGACUGUACUAGGCCUUCUGGUCAGCUGAGAUCUGCAGAUAUUAUAGUUCCAGAGGUAGAAACAAGAAACCGUCCAAGAGACCCUGUGAGACCUCCAAGGAGAGGAAGGGGACCGCAUGAACCUAGAAGAAAAAAACAGAAUGUGGAUGUUCUAGUGCUGGACACACUGUCUGUCAUUCGAACUCUUGUUGACAAUGACCAAGAACCUCCUUAUUCUAUGAUCACAUUGCAUGAAAUGGCAGAGACAGAUGAUGGUUGGCUGGAAGUUGUCCAGUCCCUGAUCAGGGUUAUUCCUUUAGAAGAUCCACUGGGGCCAGCUGUUAUAACUCUGUUACUGGACGAGUGCCCUUUGCCAACCAAAGAUGCAUUGCAGAAACUAACAGAAGUGUUAAGUCUGAGUGGCGCUGUUGCUCGUCAGGAUGCACCUUCUCCAGCGAAGCACCGUAACACUACUGCAGUGCUAGGUUGUUUGGCUGAAAAGCUAGCAGGUCCAGCCAGCGUAGGUUUGCUUAGUCAAGGGACACUGGAAUACUUAGUAGAGAGCUUGAGUCUUCAGUCACACCCAACAGUUAUGCUUUUUGCACUUAUUGCACUAGAAAAAUUUGCUCAGACAAGUGAAAAUAAAUUGACCGUUUCAGAGUCGUGUAUUACUGAUCAUCUUCUUAGGCUAGAAGGAUGGGUAAACAAUCCAGAUUACCUGAAACGCCAAGUUGGAUUUUGUGCACAGUGGAGUUUGGACAAUUUAUUCUUGAAAGAAGGUAGACAGCUUGCAUAUGAAAAAGCAGACUUGACCAACAUCAAUGCAAUGCUGAAUAGCAAUGAUGUCAGUGAAUACCUCAAAAUCUCUCCAAAUGGACUUGAGGCCCGCUGCGAUGCAUCAUCUUUUGAAAGUGUCCGGUGCACAUUCUGUGUGGAUAAUGGCAUUUGGUACUAUGAAGUCACUGUAAUAACCUCUGGAGUAAUGCAAAUAGGUUGGGCGACCAAAGACAGCAAGUUUCUCAAUCAUGAGGGCUAUGGCAUCGGCGAUGAUGAGUACUCUUGUGCAUAUGAUGGCUGCCGGCAGCUUAUUUGGUAUAAUGCAAGAAGUAAACCACAUUGCCACCCUUGCUGGAAAGAAGGAGAUGUAGUAGGCUUUCUAUUAGAUUUGCACAAAAAGCAAAUGAUUUUCUACUUAAAUGGAAAUCAGCUUCCUCCAGAAAAACAAGUCUUUUCCUCAGCCACGUCUGGAUUUUUUGCUGCAGCAAGUUUCAUGUCUUAUCAGCAGUGUGAGUUCAAUUUUGGAGCAAAACCUUUCAAGCAUCCACCUUCUAUGAAGUUUAGCACCUUUAAUGAUUUUGCUUCCCUUUCACCAGAAGAAAAAAUAAUUUUGCCUAGACACAGGCGUUUGGCUCUGCUAAGGCAAGUGAGCAUACGGGAAAACUGCUGUACACUUUGCUGCGAUGCAGUAGCAGACACAGAACUCAGGCCUUGUGGACAUAGUGACCUUUGCAUGGAGUGUGCCUUGCAGCUGGAAAACUGCCCAUUGUGCCGACAAGAAAUCAAAACAAGAGUCAGGCUAAUUUCACAUAUUUCAUGACACUGGCAGGAGAUGAUCAUAGACAUUUACCUUAAUAUACCAGCCGAUAUUAAGUGAAAAGUGAUGUACAUUGCACCUUUAUUCUCAUAUGGGACACACAUGAGAAUUAUUGAAGACCAACUUAUUUCAGGAGAAAUCUGGGUGUUUUUUUUUUUUUUUUUUUCAGUCUAAGGACACUGAAAGUCAGCUGUACAUGUAUUAUACAGUAGUACCCUGUGACUUUUCUGCAAAGUAAUAUAAUUCUGACCUAAUAUUAUACCAUUUCAGCACCUCCAUGCAACCCUUCUCUUAAUUGGCAACAUUGUGUCAAGUGUUGUGACUGGAAUUCGGUGAUCGUUCUAAAGUAAUGAUUUAAAAUUCUUACACAUAUUUUUAAAAGUGGACAGUGCCCCCUCUAUAUCUUGAGGCCGUGGGUUCUGGAAAAGAAAAGGUUUACAGUAAUUUCAGAAUAAAUGUAUUCUGAACAUGUACUAUCAUUCUUAUGAAAUGUACAACAGUGGUUGUAAUGGACUGCAGACAGCUGGAAGGACUGUGUUCUAAAAAGAGUGAUUGUUGGAUAAUGCCAUUCCAAAGACUAUUUAUAACACCAUUUUAAGAAACUUUGUCAAACUGAUAUUAUUUUUUAGUCACCAGUGUUUGUAACAAGGUCAUGUCCAUCUUCAGAGCCAGGUUUUGUGAAAGAGAGAAAAAAAAACUAAAUUAUUUAUUUAAUUGUAUGUUCUGCCAAUAAUAGGAGUCUACUACAUUCAUCGCAGUGCUGGAGACUGGAUUAAAUUUGCUAUAAAUAUUUUUAAACUAACAUGUAUCAAAAGAUUUUUUCCUGCUUUUUUCUAAAUCAGUAUUGUUUGCAAAAUAUGUACAUGUGAAUUUUUUAAACAGUAUUCUCAAGUCCUGGCAAAAAAAUGAGCAGAUAUGUAAAUAUUGUUAUAGAAAUACAUGUUAUUUGACUAGAAAA